CGACACGGGUCGCUACUGAAAAUCCCCCGCGGAAUAUCUCUCUUGCGCAGCGUUCGUCGCCGUUUCCGCCGAGCAGAAGAUUCCACCUACGGCGGAGCUUCCGGAAAGGAUCCCCGGAGGUGAACGACCGAUCAGGUAGACGCCGGAGCGACGCGACGCCGGAAAGGGUCGUAAAGUCGCGUAAUCGGUGAUAACGGCGAGCAAACCGGGACGAGAGCGACUGUCCUUUUCUUUCUCGUCACUCUUCUCUCUCGUGACUCGCGACUUCUCCCUUUCGGGCUGGAUUCUGCAAGUUUCCUCGUAAGACGCAGUCGAUGCUCGACGCUUUGAACCGUGCGAUCCACGCGAGUGUACGUCGAUAGCGUGCGUCACGAUAGAGUGAGUCAAUAUCAGCAGGAAAAGCAGUGUCCUGCUUGCAACUGUCCGCGGUGGACGAGUCCCGAUCACGUGGAAAAUCUAAUCGAGUCCUCGCAAGCUCACACAUACACACAGGAUGAGUCGAAUGGUUGUGGUACUAUUGGCAGCUGUAACUGCCAUUACAGCUGAGGAGAUGGUGGCAGUCGUCCGUCUGACGGCGCAAGACGCCACUGUGAAGAACGUCACGGGUAACUUGAAAAUCGUCCAGUCCGUUGCGAAUGGACCCGUCACCAUCACCGGCACGAUCCGCGGACUCACGGAGGGCCUGCACGGCUUCCACGUGCAUGAGAAGGGAGAUAUGUCCAACGGUUGCCUGUCCACGGGGGCGCACUUCAACCCUGAGAACGUAACUCACGGCGCACCGGAAGACACCGUCAGACACGUUGGCGAUCUGGGCAACAUCCAGGCCAACUCCGACGGAGAGGCCAUCGUAAAUAUCACCGACAACAUCAUCUCGCUCACCGGAUCGAACAGCAUUCUGGGGCGCACCAUAGUCGUCCAUUCCGGCGAAGAUGACCUCGGCAAGGGCAACACCACUGCAUCCUCCUCGACCGGAAAUGCCGGGGACCGCUUGGCCUGCGGUAUCAUCGGCAUCGAGUCGCCUACAGGCAGCUGGAGCUCCGGCUCGUUCAUCACGCCGAGUAUAUCAACCCUCGUGAUAUUCUUCCUCAUCGCCGCUUAUCAGCACCUCAAGUACUAACGAUUGCGCGCGGAACCUCGGAAUAACUUCUCAUCUUGUCCAAAGAUAAAUGCAUUGCAUUUGCGCCUCAUGAUGGAGAAGAAUGGGGGAGAGCUUCGGCGACCAUCGAUUACUCGUCAACGAUAUCAGCGACCAACAAUAAUACGAUUUCAAGGGGGAAACCGGAGUUACAGAAUACCUCGUCAUUAUUGAAAAAACUACAAGAGAAUCCUUGCAGAAUAUUUGAGGAAAGCUGUAUCGAGAGACGCUGGCAAUUGUUGCCUUCGCGUGUACAUGAUUUAUACAAGCCGCGGGCUGAUUACUAUAAAACCUACUGCGAUAAAUCGAUGGCAAGCCCGACACAGUAAUUGCAUUGAUCACGUACCUGUUAAACUGCCUGCUCAAGUUUACAACGAAAAAUCAGUUUCUUACUUGUUACGAUCCGAAUAAUAAAAAUUCCACCACUUCGAUAUUACGCUGCAUUGUCGUCAGUCUUUAUCAGUAAAUAUAGAGCUAGUCAGUUUAUAUUGAGCGAAGAAUUAUUAUGAAUAUCUAUUAUGUAUUACGUAAUUUGCGUAAUUAUUUGCUUAAUUACUUGAUUAUUAAAUGAUGUGCAGUGUAAUUGCAAUCCAAUAUGCACUUGUCACAGGGUAGUCAGUUCCGUUAAUGGUAUACAUAUUGUAUACGUAUAAUGUUGCAUACUUAAUGUACUAUCACAUUUCGAUUUAUUGUAUUUGCAAGCGUGCACUCUCCUGCAGGAUAGACUAGAUGCUAUAUAUUAUCGUCUUCUUAUUUACUUAUACUUCGAUUAUUUAGAUGCAAUCAUUUUUAAGUGUAUUUAUCCACAGACACAUGCAUCGAUUAGAUUUGAAAUAAUCUUCUAUCUCCUUCAGACGAUGUCUCCUUGUUGUAAACGUUGUUUGUAUAACAAAGUCAUUUGCUAAAAUAAAGUUCCGAUCGAUGUAAGAGUCA